UCUGGUGGCCUUCUCCUGCACUGCGUCUCCGGAUGGGACCGCACUCCUCUUUUCAUUAGUUUAAUACGAUGUCUCCUAUGGGCCGAUGGCUUGGCUCACGACUCCUUGGCUCCCCCCGAAAUGCUUUAUCUCACUCUCGCCUACGAUUGGUUUUUAUUCGGACAUCCAUUGACCAUCCGGAGACAAGCAGGUGAGGAGAUUCUACGGUUCACUUUCCACCUCCUCGCGCAUAUUGCGGGCCGACCUGAUUUGUCGCUUCGCCAUGUGUAUGUUGACUGUCUUUUCAUCCUCAUAUACCGAAUUACCACCUUGAACUUCCGUGAAGGAUCUGAAAUAUGUGAUAACGAAGAUGAAGUUUUCGCGUAA